AUGAAUUCCAACCAAACAAUCCCCACCACAACGGGGCCGUUGUCCACAACGGAUACCGCCAUGUUGGAAGCCCUAGUCCCCGGCUAUGGCUUCAUAUCACGCAUAUUGAUGUCCUACCUCGAUCUUGAUGUCAGCGCCUACCUGCAAGUCCUAGUAAGUCUUGCUGUCUUUGGCGCAACUGCUCGAUACGCUUUUCUUAUCAUUUGGGAGCACUUCAAUGAGUUCUUCGUGUCAAGAGCCGAGAUUCGCCUGGACGAUGAGACAUUCCAGUAUUUGAUGUUCUGGAUCUCACGCCAGUCGCAUAUGAAAAAUACAAAUCGAUUCGUCGCGGGCGUCAAAACCAACAGUUACUGGAGCGAGAAUGAAACAGACGACGAGGAGCUGGAGGACGACGAGCACGACGAAGAUGAGACUGCCAAGCAUGAGAAAGAUGCUUCUUUCGAUUCGUACUGGGCCAAGGUCACCACCCGGGACAAGUACAAGAAGAUACAAUUUACUCCCUCGGAAGGCUGCCAUUACUUCUGGUACAAGAACCGCCCACUCAUGCUCGAGCGCGAACACCGGGACGGGGGUAUGUGGUACGUCAUGAACAACGAGCGGAUCUUCCUAUCGUGUCUCGGUCGGAAUCCCGCGAUUCUGAAAACACUGCUAGCCGAGGCACAGCAGGCGUUUGUUGACCGCGACAGAAACCGCACGGUAAUCUACCGCGGCUCGCGGAUUGGCGGCGCCGGCCAAUCUUUCAACUGGUAUCGGCGCAUGGCCCGGUUACCGCGUCCACUUUCUACCGUGAUUCUUGACCAGGAGCAAAAGCAAGACUUCCUCGAUGAUAUCAAGGAAUACCUGCACCCCCGCACGCGGCGCUGGUACACAAACCGCGGAAUCCCGUAUCGGCGUGGAUACCUUCUACACGGUCCUCCGGGGACCGGAAAGACGAGUCUGUGCUUUGCAGCGGCCGGAAUCCUUGGAUUGAAGCUCUACUUGCUUGAUUUGAAUUCCACAGCCUUGGACGAGGAGAGUUUAUCGUUGCUGUUCUCGGAAUUACCACGCCGAUGCAUUGUCUUACUUGAAGAUAUCGACUCAGCAGGUGUUACAGAGGCUCGGACCGCCGCAUCUACAUCUACUUCGGAUACCCCGGUGAAGGAUGCAACCGCCGAGGACGGCAUCAUUGAGGCGGAUAGUACAGCCUCCAAAGACACGACCAAAAAAGGGGGAAUUACGCUCUCAGGCCUUCUGAAUGUGAUUGAUGGCGUUGCGGCCAGCGAGGGCCGCAUCCUGAUUAUGACUACCAACCACGUGGAAAAGCUCGACCCGGCGCUCCUCCGCCCUGGCCGUGUGGACAUGAAGAUCACCUUCGGGUACGCAAGCGAAGCAGAUAUCAAGGAACUUUUCACCUCGAUCUACGGGGCGAAGGACAGCGACAUUGCGUGUGACGGAGGCCCGACGACCCACAGCAACGGCCCAGUCAAGUUGCCGACAACCAGCAUUGUUGGUGAUAUUCCCAAGUCAAAGGGCAAGAUUGCCCAAGACUCAGAAGAGAGUAAUGGAGGGUUGGAAAAGGGCCAGGAAAAAGACCUGCAGGGUGUUGUAUCCCUCCGAUCCCGCAUUUCCGACUUGGCGUCUGAGUUUGCUGCUGUUGUUCCGAGUGGCGAGUUCACAGCUGCGGAGAUCCAGGGAUAUCUUCUAAAUCACAAGGCGACACCUGAGGAAGCGAUUCAGGGUGCACCGGAGUGGGUGCAAACAGCACUGGAUAAGAAACGUGCUCCUGGGGGGCAGGGGGAGGCCGAGGGAGAGGCGAAGGGAGGGGAAAAGGAUAAAGCAUAA